CGGAUGGAUGGGCUGGCAGGUACGACAGCGGAUUUAAGCUGAAACUCGGAUUGCGUGAACUCCGACGGGGAGGCAAUAAAAUUGGCAGAUGUUUGUGGAUCCGAUGGCUACCUAAAUAUUCCAAAAACUCGAAAAGUUCUCAGUCGAGAGCAGCAGCCAUAACGGACCACACACGAUGGAAUCUUUACUGCGACAAUUGAGCAUUUGCAACGAAUUAAUUGCACAAGGUGCCGCCUGCACGGCGGGACACAUUGACUGGCUGAACGAGUUCUGCGCGACAUUCCUGGACUUUGCCAGUGAACUGAAAGCACACCUGCCGGAAGUGGCACCCAGAUGGCCAGCAGAAGGCGGCACCAAUAUAGAUGUGGAGACGAUCUUCCUGUGCCUCACGCAGGUUGUCACUUGCAUCACACAGCUGGAGAGAACCAUCAACAUUGAAGGCGCCUUCGGGCACGAGGCAACGCCCAUGACGCGACUGCACUUCCUGGACCGCAUCGACUGGUGUGUGCGGCGCAUCUACGUCUGCCUGUCGCAGUUGGAUCUGCAGCGUGCAAAUGAUCAAUCGAAUAGCUUGGAGGAUCACACAUUUGUGGAGUUAAUGGACCUGGCGCUGGAUCAUCUGGAGGCGUUCAUGGAAACCCUCGCGAAUACCACGCCCACGAAUCUCCUCUGCAUCGUGGAGGAAAAUGAGCUGCAGCUGGGCAGCAUUGUGAACCAUAUUGUGAGGCAUGCGCUGGCCUUUGCCAAUGUUGCACUCGAAGCGGACAAGAAGGCGCUGUCCGAACUGUGCGAGACAUUGCUGAGUGAGUGUGCGACCUUCCUGGAGGACUCCGGGGAGCUCAAUCCGGGGCAUCGCAAGCUGGAAGCGCUGUCCCUGGAGCGUGCACUCUAUGGCUUGGAAACGUAUCUGAAUGAGGCGCUGCUCCACUUGAUCUUUGCGAGUAUUGUGGAGCUGGAAAACACGCCCAUCAGUAAGCUGCGGCAUGCCCCAGACUCCGAAUUAACUGAGCAACUUGUCCACGAUUUCGACACCAAUAUGGAUCGCAUUCAGCAGAUCGGAGUGCUGGCCAUAGCCUUCUCGCAGGACAUCAAAACAAAGACAAUUGUGCGGAGCUGCCUGGCCUCGUUGGAGUCCCUGGACGCAUGCAUUGUGCCAGCGCUGCAAUCGUCGGCACAGCACCCACACCAUGCUGACAUACUGGAGCACCACUUCAACGAGGAGAUCCUCAUCUUUCGCAAUCUCAUACACGAAAUCAUCGACAGUCGUUCGCUGAUCAGCAACUAUCUGGACAUGCUGGCGGAGAGCAUCCACUUGGCGGUGAAGAGUCCACCCAGAGACCAUUUGCUGAUUGUACAAAUGGGCAGCGUCCUGGAGGAGCACUUUCGCCUGCCGGUCAACUACUCGGAACUCAGCGAUGACGGCAAGCGUCUGCACACCGACUUUAUGCUGAUAUUGAGCGAGUGUCUGGCUGUGGUCAGCCUCUCCACUCCGGUGGAACCCAAACGGAUUGUCAAACGUUUGAAAAUCUUGUACUCUGUUCUGGCCAAGCUACGCGAUGCCAUAGAUAGGAAUAAGUAUGUCCACGAAGACUCCUCCGCCUCUGUACCUAAUGUAAGCUCCCGGCGACAGUUCACCAAUGCCACACGCACCCUGCUGCGUAGCUGCAAGUCUAAAUCCAAAAGGCAGCGCUCAUUUGUCCGUCAAAGACGGGACUGCCUCGUGCCCAAUCCUCAGAAUUGUAGCAUUUCCAAUUCCAUAAGCCAUCAGGGUGAUCUUAUAAGUUUUCAGCUCACGGAAAUUCUCAGAAUAAACUGAACUCGAACUAAAAUAGCCAUAA